AAUUUCUCAUUCUUCCAACCUUGAAGUUACCGACCAGCACCCACAACCACAACCAUGAUCACCGACCUAGAAACUAGCUCCUGACAGACUAUUAGCUAGACCAGCACUUAGUUGGCCACGUAAGGUAGGUCGUCGUAGUUAUUUGCCGGUUUGCCGGUCUUAGUUGCUGAUCGCUGCGGCUGUGUAAUCCGUAGCUUACGACAGCAUGGGUGCUGCCUUAUCGUCCAUGCUGGCGACUCCCACGUCGCUUCUGACGGUCGCAGUCCUCGCAGCUGUCGCGUGGGUCGUCGUCAAGAUUCUCUCGCAGUCAAAAGUCCCACGAAUCUUCGUCGACACUUCGUACAUCACGGAGAAGCAGAGGGAGAGCAAAACCAACAGAUAUAUCUAUUUUCCCCGCGGGGAGGGAUCAGCAGGCGACAGGGUGCAGUGCUACGACCCUGCUACUCUGCAUUACUUGGGAUUCUCUCCCGCGCUGAAGCCGUCUGAUGUAAAGGAGCAUGUGGCCAGAGCACGCCAGGCGCAGCAGCAGUGGGCUCAUUCCAGCUUUGAGCAGAGGAGGCAGUUCCUGAGGGUGCUGCUGCGAUACGUGGUGGAGAACCAGGACCUCAUCUGCAGAGUGUCAGCCCGUGAGUCAGGCAAAGUGCUGGUGGAUGCUGGUUUUGGCGAGAUUCUGACAACUUGUGAGAAGAUAGCGUGGCUGCUCAGUGAGGGGGAGAGGUGGCUCAAACCCGAGUACAGGUCCGUGGGUCGCACCAUGCUGCACAAGACAGCCAGAGUGGAGUUUGAGCCAGCGGGGGUGAUCGGCGCCAUAGUGCCGUGGAACUACCCCUUUCACAACGUGCUCAACCCCGUUUUAUCGGCAGUCUUUUCAGGCAACGCUGCUGUGAUCAAGGUAUCAGAGCACGCCAGUUGGGGAGCGCACUAUUACUUGGACAUCAUUCGAACGGCUCUCAAAGCCGUGGGGGCGCCUCCUGAGCUUGUGCAUGUGGUCACGGGGUUUGGUUCCACGGGGUCGGCUCUCGUCCAAUCAGGCGUCGACCGGCUCAUCUUUGUGGGGUCCACUGCUGUAGGCAGGAAGGUGCUGGAGGCAUCUGCAGUGAACCUCACCCCAACGGUGUUGGAGUUGGGGGGGAAGGACGCGUUCAUUGUGUGCGAUGAUGCAGACCUGACGCAGGUUGUACCUAUCGCCCUGAGAGCCGUCUUUCAGUGCAGCGGGCAGAACUGCAUUGGAGCGGAGCGCUUCUUUGUGCAUGCUGGCAUCUACGAGCAGUUUGUGGGGGAGGUGGUAUCUGUGGCGCGGCAGAUGCGAUUGGGCUACCCCUUGGCUGAUGAGCUGGUGGAGGAAGGACGGGACGAGAUGAGCGGGGGGGAAGAGGUGCCUCUGUUGCAGCAGCAGCAGCAGCAGAAGCAGCAGCAGCAGCAGCAGCAGCAGGAGCUGCAGGAAGGGACAGGAGAGGGAGGAGCGAACAAGGGUGGGAAGGACAGGGCAAGGAUUGAGGGGAAGGGAGAGGGAGGAGGAAGUGAUAGUGGCGGGGGGAGAGCAGCAGAGGGAGAGAAAAGGGGAGGAGUGGGGGGGGAUUCCGGGUCCACGUCAGCAGAGGGGGUUGCUGACAUGGGCGCGAUCUGCAUGCCACAUCACGUGCAGCGGCUGCAGCGAUUGGUGGAUGAUGCUGUGGCGCAGGGAGCUAAGGUGCUGGUGGGGGGGAGGAUACCACUGGGAAGCUGCGAGGAUCUCAGCUGCAGCCCCAGGGAGGGCGUUUCUGGGGGAGGCGCUUUUGGGGAAGCAGUCUCAGAAGCAAGGGGAGAAGAUCCAGGGUCAACAGGAGCAUCAGCUGUAGCUGCAGGAGGGGAAGGACCAGUAGCAGCAGCAGCAGCAGCUGCUCUAGGUCUUCCCUUGGCCUCUUCUUCCUCCUGCCGCCCGUCCCUAGGAGGCCAGUUCUAUCCCCCAACCAUCCUCGUUAAUGUGCGCCCCGCUAUGCGCAUACUGCACGAGGAGGUGUUUGGCCCCAUAAUGUGCAUAGUGAAAGUGGAGAGCGAUGACGAGGCGAUAGCUGCUGCGAAUGAUUGUCCGUUUGGGCUCGGGUGCUCGGUGUUCUCGGGGGAUAGGAGGCGGGCUACGGCCAUCGGGUCUGCAGUGAAGUGUGGGAUGGUGGCGCUGAAUGACUUCGGCAGCACAUAUAUGUGCCAGUCGCUGCCAUUUGGCGGGGUGAAGGAGAGUGGUUUUGGUCGGUUUGCAGGGGUGGAAGGGCUGAGAGGGUGCUGUAACGAGAAGGCUGUUGUGGAGGAUAGAUUCUUCUCCCUGAUCAAGACCAACAUUCCUCCGCCUCUUCAGUACCCCCUGGCCCCCAACGCAGUGCCGUUCCAGCAGGCCCUGGUGCGCAUGUUCUUUGCCCACACCCUCCUGGCCCAGCUCUCUGGCCUCUUCCACCUGCUGCUGGAGCUGCUGCGCUCACCGAGAAGGCCACCAAGCCAAACGUUUGUUGCUGCCGGCACUGCAGGUUCGGCUGCACCGCAGAAGACAAAUGAGAGGCCACACAUCGAAUAGGAAGAGUUUUUGUGUAGAUGGCACUGGUCCUCAGCUCUCUGGCCUCUGGCUGGCCUCUUCCACCUGCUGCUGGAGCUGCUGCGCCUGCGCUCUCGCAAUAGACCUCCAAGCCAGAUGUCUGUUGCUGGUACUGCAGCUUCGGCUGCAGUGCGAAAGACAAGUGAGGGGCCGCACAUCGAAUACGGUAGGUGUUUUUGAUGUAGAUGGCUCUGGGAAUCUUGGUUUCUCAAGGUUCAGAUGCUUCUAGAUGGUGUAUUGAUGAUCUACAGCACCUUACCGGUAGUUCACCUUGACCAAUUUUGACGGAAAGUGAAAGCAGUUCUGUUCUCCAAGCGUGCAUUGCAGUACUGCUAGCUUUUGUUCCAGACUUGAUACC